AUGACCAAGGUUCUCGUUACUGGAGGCACAGGCUUCAUUGCUUCGCACAUUAUCCAGCAGCUCCUAGACCAAGGGCAUUACGUGGUCACCACAGUACGCUCGCAGGAAAAAGCAGACACAGUCGUGUCCGGUUACAAACAUGCAACGGCACGUCUCCAGGUGGUUAUCGUGCCCGAGAUUGCACACGAACAGGCCUUUGACGAAGUUGUUAAGCUGCCGGGCAUUGAGGUUGUGAUGCACACGGCCAGUCCAUGCACUCUCAAGUUUACCGAUGCAAAGACGGAGCUCAUUGACCCAGCUCUACUCGGCACAACAAAUGUGCUGCGCGCGGUGCAGCGAGAUGCGCCACAGGUUCGCCGCAUCAUCAUCACAUCUUCCAUUGCAGCCAUGCUUGAUGUAACAAACCCGACGGCAACGUUCAGUGAAGAAACGUGGAAUCCCUGUGACAUGAAGGCUCUUAAUCAGGGCCCCGGUCGAGCAUACAUGUUAGCUAAAGCACUCGCCGAGCGAGCAGCCUGGGACUACGCUACAGACCACAAGCCCAACUUUGACCUCGUCACAGUUAACCCGCCAGUUGUGUUUGGCCCUGUUCUUCCCCAUCUUUUCUCGCCCGGCUCGAUAAACAUGUCCAACCAAGCGCUCUCAGAUAUCAUAUCUGGCAGGUGGAAAGAGCAAAUCCCGCCUGCUGGACCAGUCAAUAUCUACGUCGAUGUCCGCGAUGUCGCCGCAGCCCAUAUUCGCGGCAUGGAGCUUUCCGAUGCGGGCGGCAAGCGCCUCUUCACUGUCGGUGGACGCUUUAGCAAUUUCCGGCUUGCUGAGAUUAUGCGUGCGGGAGAGUACUCCUUCAAGGACCAACUUCCUGCUCCUGACGUUAAGGGCGAUGCUGGAGCGUUUGGUAUUAGCUACAACAACGACAAGACGAACGCAUUGCUGGGUCUCUCAUGGACGCCAUUGGAGACGACUAUUGUAGAUUUUGUCAAAUCUGCAUAG